AUGAAUCAAAAUACACCUUUCAAUGAACGGUUCUUCAAGAUUUAGGAGAAAUUGAAUUCGAUUCCUCUUCAUCAUGAUACAUCCAAAGCUCACAGAAUUGAUACGAUUAAUUCUAGAGUCACAGCAGUAGAAGAGAGAAUUCAGGAUACAAUAACAUCUUAUAACAGAAAACUACAUACUUUGAAAGAUGAGAUAGUGAGAGUUCAGAAGCAGAUCGAAGAAGAAAACAAUACUUUUGAAACAUAAUUUGAGUAAAGAGUUCGUGAGAUUGCUGCAUUUGAAAGCAGAAUCACAACCAAAUUAGAAUAGGAAAUAGCUUUAAGAAGAGAUGGAAACUUAAAAUUGCAAGGGUAUUUGGACGAGAAAGUUGUCUACUUGAAAUCCGAUAUUCAGACAGAGAGUAAAAUCAGGUAGGAAUAGAUCGAGAAUAUUACUACCUCUUUGGAAAAUGAUUUGCCCAAAUUGUAUGAUAUGGUGAAAUCUGAAGGACAAGAUAGGGAAGAUAGUGACAAUGGAACAUUGAGGAGAUCUGGGGAUGAAAUCAGAAGAUUGAAUGAAGGGUUAACCAAUUAAAAGAAUUUAAGAGAAGAAUCGGAGACAGCAAUCUUUGAAAUGUUGAAGGAUUUAGUUUCUAGAGUAAAGAGUGAAAUAGAGGAGGAAAGGAAACUAAGGGAAGAAUCAUAAGAAUCACUUCUGGGUUUGUUGGAAGAUGCUGCAAAUAAAAUUUAUAGAGCAGCAAAAGAUUGAUAAUUUAUACAAAAUCAUAUUAAAAUAAAUUUUAUUUAAUAUCAUAU